AUGCACAUUCAGUGGAGUUCUUCCGUCUUGUAUACGUAUGGCUUCGUGAAGGAGUUCAGACCAGUGGAGCCAUUUCUUACGCCCUUCCUCGUCACAACUUCAAAAAACCUUACUUCAGAGCAAUUGUACUCAGAGGUGUAUCCAGUAUGGACAUAUAGCUACCUCGUCUUUCUGGUACUGGUACUCCUGCUCAGCGAUUUGCUCAGACAUCAACCAGUGAUCGUAUGCGAAAGCGUGGCUUACGCCGCCACCUGGCUGCUGCUGACCUGGGGUCACUCGGUCGCUCUCAUGCAGUUGAUGGAGGUAAUGUACGGCAUCGCGACAGCCACUGAAAUCGCCUACUAUGCCUACGCUUACACAAAGUACGAUUUGUCGUGUUACAAGCGCAUCUCCAGCAAUUGUCGAGGGGCGGUCGAAGCCGGCAAGUUCUGUUCCUACCUGCUCAGUCAACUAAUUAUUUCGUUUCGCUGGGGCAGCUACAUACUGCUAAACUACAUUUCGCUUGCAAGCAUGUUCUGUGCGUUCAUCGUUGCUCUUCUGUUACCGCCGAUCCACAAGAAGGACAUCCAAAACGAAGAGCAACAAGAUGCGGUUGAGACGUUAUCACACUGGAAAUGCGACGCAGUUGCGAACUAUUACAAACAAAUGUUUUUUAGCUGCCGGAAGAUUUACUCUAAUGCGUUUAUUCUGAAAUGGUCAUUAUGGUGGUCUUUAGCCACUUGUGGAUUUUUCCAGAUCGGAAAUUACAUCCAACUGCUAUGGCAGUCUCAGCUAGCCGAAGGCCAGGAACUAUACAAUGGGCUUACGGAAACGGUCAGCUGUUUUCUAGGAACCGUCGCGGUGCUAUGCACGCAGUUCAUCAACGUCGCAUGGGACAUCUACGGCGAUGCGAUUCUGUCCGUGUUGAGUGCAGUUGACUGUGCUUUGCUGUAUGUGAUGAGUUGCAGCUGGACCAUCGCCCUCACUUACGUCUUCUAUGUGGUCUAUCGAAUAUUGUACAAGAUUAUGUUUACCGUGGCUAUGUAA